AUGUCCGAAAACCAAGAUAAUUCUGGCUUCCCCAAGCCAGACGCGAAGCUGCAGAAGUCAGCGAAGCAGUCUGCCUUCGAACGACAAAAGGCUGAAGCGGAGGCCAAGAGGAAGCGAGAAGCGGCAGAAACGGCGGCUGUAUACGAAGAUUUUGUUAAGAGCUUUGAUCGCGACGAUGACAACAGCAUGGGAGACAGCGAAGCUCGCCAGGGCAGAGGCGAUCCGCGAGCGCAGCAAGGUAUGGCGCGUGGUGGGCGGCCACCCUUCGGCGUUGGUGCACCACCGUCUGGAGGGCCGUCGCGAAGGCAUUUCGGACAGUCGGGGAUGAAGAGCGGUCCUGGUAGUCUUGGACCUGCCCCUGGAGGCUUCAACAAGAAGCGAUCAUUUCAGGACUUUUCCAAGCAAAACCGUGACAAUGCACAAGGCGCCGACGACCACCGAAAUCGAGCGCAACCCGGAUCGACCAUAGCAAAGGCGUUUGAUACGAGCGACGAUGAAGAGAUGAGAGAUGCUGAAAAUAGAAACGAAGAGCGCGCUGUCGCAAAGCCGACGUUGCGCCUCACAAACUUGCCCCCAGGGACCUCACCAGCGACAAUCAAGGCGCUCAUGCCGUCCAACUUGGUCGUCGAACAAGUGAAGAUUUUGCCAAUCAAUAACGCCGCACUAGGUACCGAGCGCAAAAGCUUGGUUGCUAUUGUGACCAUGUCAUUGGAAACUCCAGGAAACGAGAUGGACACAGCUGUCAGUCUCCUUCAAAAUCGCUACAUGGGUCACGGCCACUACCUCUCCUUGCACCGCCAUUUAUCGUCUGCAGUUUCUUCCUCAGCAGCGUUACCUAAUCUUUCAAAUACGUCAUCCUCACAACCAUUUGGCGCGAAACCGGUCGAGCAGCCAGCCAAUGAGGCGGGCCAGGCUUCACAACGAUUCCAUAGAGGAUUCGCACCACCAACGGACUAUGGUCCCGCGCAUGGGGUUAAUCGCACAAAUCUUUUACAUGUUCCGGUGAAGCCACCGCAGGAUAUCAGGACACUACAGCUGAUAAACGGUGUUAUUGAAGGGAUUCUGGAACAUGGCCCCGAAUUUGAAGCGCUACUAAUGAGCCGUCCUGAAGUCCAACAGGACGAGAAAUGGGCUUGGCUAUGGGAUGCGCGCAGUGAGGGUGGCAUUUGGCUACGCUGGCGGCUUUGGGAAGUAGUCACUGGCUCAGGCUUGAAGAAAACAAAUGGCAAAUAUGUGCCACUCUUCGAAGGGAGCAAUGCAUGGAAAACCCCGGACAAGGCUCUCCCGUUUGAAUAUGCCACGACAUUGGAGGAAAUUGUGUCUGACUCUGACUACAACUCAACAGAUGACGAUGACUUUGAAUAUGAAGGCCAGAAGGAUGGACAUAGAGGGGACGAGAAUGAGAAAAUGUUUCUCAAUCCCCUUGAGAAGGCUAAACUUACACAUCUGCUGGCGCGACUGCCCACAUCAAUAUCUGGGCUGAGAAAAGGUGAUAUUGCAAGAGUCACGGCUUUUGCUCUGAUGCACUCUAGCCGAGGCGCUGAUGAAGUAGUGGAUAUGAUUACUGCCAAUGUCGAAAAGCCACUGUCGCUGACUAGAGCAAACGCUGACCGGCCGAUGGGUGAUAAUGAUGGACGUGAAGAUUCUACAAGCGACACCCAGGAUGUCAGCGGCGCAUGCCUGGUCGGCCUCUACGCGGUGAAUGAUAUCUUAUCCUCAUCGUCCACUAGCGGAGUACGUCAUGCCUGGCGAUUUAGACAGUUGUUUGAGACGGCGCUGCAGCAGAGAAAGACGUUUGAAAAGCUCGGGUUGCUACCUGAGAAGUUGAAAUGGGGGCGCCUUCGCGUGGAGAAAUGGAAGCGCAGUAUAGGGCUGGUUCUAAACCUGUGGGAGGGCUGGUCUGUGUUUCCGGGCGAGAGCCAUAGUCAGUUUGUCAGUAGCUUUGAGAAGCCUCCGUCAAGCAAGGUGGACGACCCGGUGGACGAAGCUGCUGCCGAACAAGUUCAGAAGGGACGCUGGAAGGUUGUUGAUGCCGGAGCUACCGAGACUCGUGCAGAUGACACGAUGGCAGCCACAGAUGGCGGAAGCGACGUUGAAGGCGAACCGAUAGACGAUGAUGACAUUGAGGGAGAGCCAAUAGACGAUGAUGAUAUCGAAGGAGAGCCCAUUGACGACGACGACCUACUUGGGGAGCCAAUGGACGAAGACGGCGCGGCUUCGGACGCGGGCCGAGACGAAGCUACGGAUGCUGGGCCGGCCGCCGCGGACUUGCAAGCAUCGAAGCCGGAGAAAGGGCGGCAACGGAUGCGCGCCGUAGAUAUGUUUGCUGAUUCCGAGUCUGGCGAAGAGUAG